AUGUCCUCUCCACAGCAGGUUUAUCUGCUGCCUCUGAAGGAUGAUGGAUCGCCCGAUGUUCCUGGAGGAUACCUCUACCUCCCUUCUCCUACGGACCCGCCAUAUUUGCUUCGCUUUGUCAUUGAAGGCAGCAGCUCAAUCUGCAGAGAGGGUGUUUUAUGGGUCAACAUCCCCGAGAAGGGUAAAUCUUUCAAUCGGUCUGCUUUUCGGAGCUUUAGACUAUCCCCGGAUUUCAACAAGAACAUCCAGAUCGAUGUCCCCAUCACCUCUGCUGGUUCUUUCGCCUUCUAUGUGACCUUCUCCCCGCUUCCUGAGUUCUCUGUUCUAUCAACACCCACCCCAGAGCCAACAAGGACCCCAACCCACUACAUCGAUGUCUCGCCCAAGUUGACUCUUCGCGGUCAAGAUCUUCCACUCAAUGCUCUCUCUAUAUACUCUGUGAUCUCUAAGUUCAUGGGAAAGUACCCCAAGGACUGGGACAAGCACCUCAACGGCAUCAGCCAACGUAAUUACAAUAUGGUUCAUUUCACGCCCCUGAUGAAGCGCGGAGCUUCGAACUCACCUUAUAGCAUCUUUGAUCAGCUGCAUUUUGAUGACACCGUGUUUCCCAAUGGUGAAGACGAUGUUGCGCGUCUGGUUUCUAAGAUGGAGAAUGAAUAUGGGCUUUUGUCGCUUACGGACGUUGUAUGGAACCACACUGCCCAUAACAGCAAAUGGUUGGAGGAACAUCCAGAAGCUGGUUACAGUGUCGAAACUGCCCCAUGGCUUGAGGCAGCGCUGGAGCUGGACACUGCACUGCUGAAAUUCGGUCAAGAACUCUCCACUCUUGGGCUGCCCACCGAGUUUCAAACUGUGGACGAAUUGAUAAAAGUCAUGAAUGCUAUGCGGGACAAAGUCAUUUCUGGAAUACGACUGUGGGAAUUCUAUGCCAUUGAUGUGAAGACCGACACACAGAGAAUACUCAAUCAAUGGAAAACAUCCAAAGACCUUAAUCUAACAGACAAGAAAUGGGCGCAACUCAAUCUUUCAGACUACAAGAACUGGACUUUGAAGCAGCAAGCGACUUUCAUUCGAGACCACGCUAUACCCACCUCGAAGCAGGUCUUGGGGCGGUUCAGCAGAGCUGUUGAUUUGCAAUUUGGGGCAGCCAUACUGACAGCCCUUUUUGGCCCGCACAAUCAUUCGACAUCUGACACUAGUGCAGUCGGGGCGAGUCUGUCCAAAAUACUCGACGAGGUCAAUCUUCCCUUCUAUGAGGAAUACGAUGGAGACGUCUCGGAGAUUAUGAAUCAAGUCUUUAACCGGAUCAAGUAUCUAAGGAUUGACGACCAUGGUCCCAAGCUCGGCGCCGUCACGGCACAAAGCCCUUUGAUUGAAACGUACUUCACGAGGCUGCCUCUGAACGAUGUUACCAAGAAGCACAAGAAAGAGGCGCUGGCUCUGGUGAACAACGGCUGGAUAUGGAACGCUGAUGCUCUGAGGGACAAUGCGGGGCCUGACUCUAGGGCUUACCUGCGACGUGAAGUAAUCGUUUGGGGCGAUUGCGUGAAGCUGAGAUACGGCAGUCGUCGUGACGAUAAUCCUUUCCUCUGGGAUUUCAUGACAGACUAUACUCGUCUUAUGGCCAAAUAUUUCUCAGGAUUUCGCAUCGACAAUUGCCAUUCAACACCACUGGUGGUUGCCGAGUACCUGCUAGACGAGGCACGCAAAGUUCGACCCAACCUGACCGUUUUCGCGGAACUAUUCACUGGCUCGGAGGAAGCUGACUAUAUAUUUGUCAAACGUCUCGGCAUAAAUGCGCUCAUCCGUGAAGCCAUGCAGGCCUGGAGUACAGGAGAACUGAGCCGUCUUGUUCACCGUCAUGGCGGACGUCCGAUUGGUAGUUUCGAUCUUGACUUGCCUUCUUCAGGUAGUAGUCAUGCAAUCGCUUCUUCUGGUCUUGACUCCGGCAAAGAGAAAGUUGCUCAUAUUCGACCUACACCAGUUCAAGCCUUAUUCAUGGAUUGCACCCAUGACAACGAGAUGCCUGCGCAGAAGAGAACCGCAAAAGAUACCUUAGCAAAUGGCGCUCUGGUGGCCAUGUGUGCCUCAGCCAUUGGCAGCGUCAUCGGCUACGAUGAAGUAUAUCCCCAGCUUGUCGAUCUCGUUCAUGAACAUCGGCUAUACUUCUCUGAAUUUUCAGAAGCCCCCGAGACUGGGUUAAACUCUCUUGAGGGAGGAAUAGGAGGCAUCAAAAAGCUACUCAAUGACCUUCAUACCAGAAUGGGUGUUGAAGGAUAUGAUGAAACGCACAUUCAUCAUGACGGCGAGUAUAUCACAGUGCACAGGGUGCAUCCUAGAACACGGAAGGGUGUUUUCUUGAUUGCACAUACAGCCUUUCCUGGUCAAGACGGAAAAUCUGUUCUGGCGCCCACACAUCUUGUCGGUACUCAUGUCAAGCAUAUCGGGACGUGGCUCUUGGAAGUUGAUGCAAGCCAAGCUACUAAGGAGCGGAUACAAGCAGACAAAUCCUAUCUACGAGGCCUGCCAAGCCAAGUCAAAACGUUUGAAGGUACCAAGAUCGAGGAGUCUGGCAAAGAUACCAUCAUAUCCGUUUUGGAUUCUUUUGUUGCCGGGUCUAUUGCCUUGUUUGAGACAUCGAUGCCGAGUGUUGAACAUGCAAGUGGACUGGACAAUCAUAUCACCGAAGGCGUGGAUCAUGCCUUCUCGGAUCUCAGCUUAGUUGAUCUGAACUUCGCGCUUUACCGCUGCGAAGCAGAGGAGAGAGACUCGAGUAAGGGCGAGGACGGGGUUUACGACAUCCCCGGCCAUGGGCCUUUGGUCUAUGCCGGUCUACAGGGGUGGUGGAGCGUGCUUGAGAACAUCAUUAAAUACAACGAACUCGGCCACCCACUGUGUGAUCACUUGCGAAAUGGACAGUGGGCUCUGGACUAUAUUGUGGCUCGCCUGGAGAAGCUGGGCCACACGGACGAACACACUGCCCUUGGCAGGCCAGCUGCAUGGCUUCAGGAAAAGUUUCAAGCCGUCCGUCAGCUGCCAAGUUUCCUUUUGCCCCGGUACUUUGCAAUAAUCGUUCAGGUUGCCUACAAUGCUGCCUGGAAGCGAGGAAUUCAACUUCUGGGACCGCACAUACAGAAGGGGCAAGAAUUCAUUCAUCAAUUAGGUAUGGUGAGUGUCCAACAAACUGGAUAUGUGAAUUCAGCGUCUUUGUGGCCCACGAAGAAGGUACCCAGUCUUGCAGCUGGCCUACCACAUUUCGCGGUAGACUGGGCAAGGUGUUGGGGUCGCGACGUGUUCAUUUCACUGAGAGGCCUCCUUCUGUGCACAAGUCGCUUUGAGGAUGCCAAAGAGCAUAUAACUGCAUUUGCGAGUGUGUUGAAGCAUGGCAUGAUCCCGAAUCUUUUGAGCAGUGGGAAGCUCCCGCGCUACAAUUCUCGGGAUUCUGUUUGGUUCUUCCUGCAAUCCAUCCAGGAUUACACCAAAAUGGCACCAGAUGGUUUGAGGCUUCUAGAUCAUAAGGUUCCCAGGCGUUUUCUACCAUACGAUGAUGUAUGGUUCCCGUAUGAUGACCCUAGGGCCUACUCGCAACAUUCGACGAUAUCCGAAAUAAUUCAGGAGGUCUUCCAGCGACAUGCACAAGGACUCUCCUUCCGGGAAUACAACGCGGGACCCGACCUUGACAUGCAAAUGACACAGGAUGGUUUUCAGAUUGAUGUCAAAGUCGACUGGGAAACUGGACUGAUAUUCGGUGGCAGUCAAUAUAAUUGCGGGACAUGGCAGGACAAGAUGGGUGAGAGCGCGAAAGCUGGUAACAAAGGCGUACCUGGUACGCCACGUGAUGGGGCAGCCAUUGAGAUAACCGGGCUAGUGUACAGCGCCUUGACCUGGGUUGCUGAACUGCACGAGCAAGGCCUUUACAAACAUGAUGGAGUCGACAUUGGCGAUGGGGAAACCAUUUCUUUCAAGGAGUGGGCGUCAAAAAUUCGGGCCAACUUCGAGCGCUGCUACUAUGUUCCUCUACAGCCAAAGGACGAUAGCCAGUACGACAUCGACGCAAAAAUCAUCAAUAGACGGGGAAUCUACAAGGAUCUGUACAGGUCUGGUAAGCCAUACGAGGAUUACCAGCUUCGUUCCAAUUUCCCAAUAGCCAUGACCGUCGCUCCAGACCUGUUCACUUCAUCCAAAGCACUCGCAGCUCUCGCUCUUGCCGACGAGGUUCUGGUAGGGCCGGUAGGAAUGGCCACCCUUGACCCUUCCGAUCUCAAUUACCGCCCUAACUACAAUAACUCGGAGGACUCGACCGAUUUUGCAACUGCUAAAGGCAGAAAUUACCACCAAGGUCCUGAGUGGGUUUGGCAGCGUGGGUACUUCCUCCGCGCCUUUUUGCACUUCGACCUUGCCCGCAGGACGACGCCGGCAGAACGGACAGAGACUUACCAACAGAUUACUCGACGUCUGGAGGGUUGCAAACGGGCUUUGAGGGAAAGUCCAUGGAAGGGCCUUACCGAACUAACGAAUAAGAAUGGUGCACACUGUGCAGACUCCUCCCCGACCCAAGCAUGGUCAGCUGGAUGUCUGCUUGACUUUUUGGUGCGCAUCUGGUAUGGGCCUUUCAAGCUACGCUAUAAGAACAUCGAUGCGAUCGAUUACUAUGAAGAAAAGCUACGUCGUCUCGACGAGAAGAUCCAGGUUGCCCGCCAAAAGGAAUAUCCGCCUACUGAGGUCGCCUUCGUCACGAUGGAGUCGAUUGCCGCGUCUCAGAUGGUUGUACAAGCCAUACUUGAUCCUCACCCCAUGCAACUGCUCGCUAGACUGGCACCAGCACCAGCUGAUGUCGUGUGGAAAAACACCUACCUCCCGCGCUCGAGGCGGAUGAUGCAAUCCUGGUUCAUCACUGUGGUCAUUGGCUUCCUGACUGUAUUCUGGUCGGUGCUUUUGAUUCCCGUUGCCUAUCUGCUUGAGUACGAGACUCUCCACAAGGUGUUCCCUCAGUUGGCCGACGCUCUUGCUCGGAACCCGCUUGCCAAGUCCCUUGUGCAGACUGGUCUGCCGACCUUGGUCCUCUCGCUGUUGACUGUCGCUGUACCUUACUUGUAUAACUGGCUCUCGAACCAGCAAGGCAUGAUGUCCCGAGGUGACAUUGAGCUGUCAGUCAUAUCGAAGACCUUCUUCUUCUCUUUCUUCAACCUCUUCCUUGUCUUCACGGUGUUCGGAACUGCGACGACAUUCUACGGGUUCUGGGAGAAUCUGCGAGACGCCUUCAAAGAUGCUACGACCAUAGCCUUUGCCUUGGCCAAGACUCUGGAAAACUUUGCUCCAUUUUACAUUAACUUCCUAUGUCUUCAAGGAAUAGGAUUGUUCCCGUUCCGACUCCUAGAGUUCGGAAGUGUUGCCAUGUAUCCCAUCAACUUUCUGGCCGCUAAGACACCUCGGGAUUAUGCUGAGUUAUCCACACCCCCUACAUUCAGUUACGGGUAUUCCAUUCCGCAGACGGUUCUGAGCCUUAUCAUCUGUGUUGUAUACAGCGUGUUUCCUAGCUCAUGGUUGAUAUGCCUAUUCGGGUUGAUUUAUUUCACCAUCGGCAAGUUUAUCUACAAGUACCAGCUUCUGUACGCGAUGGAUCAUCAGCAGCAUUCGACGGGACGCGCAUGGCCGAUGAUCUGCAGUCGAAUUCUGAUGGGCUUGAUUGUUUUCCAGCUCGCGAUGAUCGGCGUGCUUGCCUUACGCCGGGCUAUUACGCGCUCUUUGCUUAUUGUGCCUCUCCUGAUGGCAACCGUAUGGUUCAGCUACUUCUUUGCACGGACCUACGAGCCUCUUAUGAAGUUCAUCGCUCUAAAGAGCAUUGACCGCGAGCGGCCUGGUGGGGGGGACAUCUCCCCGUCACCGUCUUCGACCUUCUCUCCUCCAUCCGGCCUCGACCGCGAUUCGUUUCCGAUCCGCAUCGGUGGACAAGAACUUGGAUUGCGGCUGAGAAAGUAUGUCAACCCAAGCCUGAUCCUGCCUCUCCACGAUGCAUGGCUUCCGGGACGUACGAUGGUUCCGGAACUCCAGGGAGAACUGGAGCAUCGCAAUUCCGAAAACAACGCGGCCGAUGAGUCCGUCUGA